CGCGUCCCGGCAUGCACCGGGGCGCUCACGGCGCCGCCCGGACUACAGCUCCCGUCGUGCCCCGCGGCGGCGGGAGUGCAGAGCGCGCUCUCCCGCCCGCCCGGCUCCGCAGCGCCCCCGUGCGGCAGCGUCCCGGUGCCACCCCGUUGUCCCCGCAGAGCCAGGCCCCGAGAUGGAGGGCGUGCGGGGGGGGCGCCGGGCCCUGCUGGCCCUGCUGCUGGGGGUCCCCCUCCUGGGGGUGGCGGCGGCGGCGGCGGCUGGGGGGGGGGACCGGGCGGAGGACGAGAGGGAGGAUGGCUUCCCGGGUGCCACCGCCGGCGACGACCCGCUGUCACGCCUGGGACAAGCCGCCUGGGCGGCCACCGAGAGCUGGCUGGGCCCCCAGCCCCUGCGGCUAGUGGCCGAGACCCUCUCCGCCACCCUCUGGGUGGUCUCCUCGGGGAUCUCGGUGGCCCUGACCACGUUCUGCAGGAUCCUGGGGGACCUCCUGGCUACCACUGGCCACAGCGGUGACCGGCUGCUUCUUCGCACGGUGGCCUUGGCUCCCGCCGAGGUUCAGCGGGUCCUGCUGUGGGGGCUGGCGGCCGCCGCGGCCUCUUGGCUACUAGCCCGCCUGCGGGGGCUACUGCUGCCUCUGCUGCGCUGGGCGAAGCUCUGCUGUUUCCUGGCCGCUUUCCUCCACGUCGCGACAUGUCGCGAGAGCCCCACCACCCAGGCGGGGCUGCUGCUGGGGCUCUGGGUGCUCUACGGCUUGCUGGGGGGGGGGCUAGUGGCCCCCGCCGGCCCUAGCCCCCAGCUGGAAGCCGCCUUGCGCAGCCUGGAGUGGAAAGUGGAGGAGCUGCGGCGGCGGCAGAGGUGGGGGGGGCCCCGAAACCGGGAGGAGUGACACCCCCCCCCCCUUAAAACCGGGAGGAGUGGCCCCCCCCCCCCCCGCCAGAAUCGGGAGGAGUGACCCCCCCCCCCCCCUUUUUUGUCCCUGCGGGGGAGGGGGGGGACAGCACCGUCCCCAGCGCCCCCCCCUCGCCUUGGCUCUGUUGUAUCCCCCCCCCACCGCCAAGCAUGUGUCCUCCCUGCUGAGCGGCCCCCCCCGCGGUUCUCCCUGGGGACCCUGCUGUCAUUAGCCCCCCACCACCACCACCACCUCGGGGGGGGGGGGAUACCAGUCCUGGAGCCCCCCCCCCCGUCUUGGGGGUCACAGAGAUGUGUGUCCCCCCCCCACCAAUGGGGCACCCCCAAAGCUUGGGACCUGCUCACAGUGCCUUCACGCAAGCCAAGAGUGCCUUCCCCUGGCGGGGGGGGGGGGCGCUCGUAUGUGCCCCCCCCCCCCCAGCCCCAAAUCCAGCCCCACUGCGGAGGGGGGAGCCCACCCUGAGCCCCCCACCUUGGGGAACCCACGCUGGGGGGAGCCCCCAACCCCGGCCAUCGCCCCCAGCCCAAAGUUGGGGGGGGGUGUCUCUUUGUGCGGGGGGGGGGACGACACGCACACAGUCGUGUGUGUCCCCCCCCUCCCGGGGGGGCCACCCCCCCGCUGUCGGUUUUGGGGUUCGAAGCUGCUUUUUGAACUGUUUUGAUAUGUGGGUCGGAAUAAACACGGUUUUAUGCCCCC